AUGGUGAUUGAUGCAGCUGGUCAGAAUUUUGUUUCUGAAUCGAAAUAUGGGAAUACUAGUUUUGCUCCUACAUUUGAACAAGUGGGUAAUAGCUAUGCAUCACAAAUGGAAGAGGCAGAAGUAACAGUGGAACACUCACAUGAUAGGGGAAGCACACUUGAAGAAGAUAGCCGGACCGUGAUAAGGCCAUUUGGAGAUUCAUUCGACGACGCUCCGCGGGUGGUGCGGGUACUUAAUAAAAUUGUGAAUAACUAUUGGAGGGGGUUGUGGAUUAGUUAUAGUGCCGCUCCAAGACAAGUGAAGGAUUUGUGGUGGAAUGAGUUCAAGGCACAUGAAUUGGGGAUGGAGCCGACGUAUUUUGCUACAUUUGAACGAACAUUUCAAAAAAAAGAUAAGACAUGGACUAACAACCGAGCGAAAUGUAUUAAGGUAUGUAAGGUUAUGUAUUUUUGACUUUAUGGAAACACGGUUUGAAAACCAUGAAUGCAUUCAAUGUUUAUGGUAGUUAGAUAUAUGCAGUUAUUUAAUUUUCAUAUCUAUUUUGUUGAUGUAGGAAAAAUAUGAUGAGCUGUUAAUGAGUACGGCUAGUGGCGGUGAAA